CCAAUACGGGCUUAAGAGCAAUACAAAACUGGCAGUUGAACUUAGUAGGACAUAAAUUUUCGAAUCGAUUGGUUCUGCCCUGAGCUUUUUGCGUUGUUUUACACUUGUAAUGAUUGAUUAUGGCCGAUAAUCGUAUCGUCACAGGUCUUUCACUAAUUGUGCUUGGGUUUGCGCUUUCGUUCCCUGGAUGUAAGGCAGAAUCUUGGCAAUACCCUAAACCGAAUGCGGACGGGACCGUCGAAGAACCGGAAAACUGGGGAGGUACCUGCGACACGGGUCGCAGGCAGUCACCCAUCGAUCUUUCCCACGACGCGGCCGUUAAGGGCGUUUACCCGCUGUUCGUGUUCGAUGAUUACGAUCAAUCGAUGACAAAUGCGUCGCUGGUUAACAACGGCCAUACAAUUCAAGUAAACAUCGGAGACGAAUCAGUUUCUAUCUACGGUGGCGGCCUCAGCGGUAAAUACAUUCUAGAGCAGUUUCACUUUCACUGGGGUUCGGAGCAUACAAUCGCUGGCGAGCGGUACGCUCUAGAAGUCCAUCUGGUUCACCGAAACUCCAAAUACGCCACAUUAACGGAGGCUGCCGAAGAGAAAACAGGGAUCGCCGUAGUAGGCGUAUUGUUCCACGUGGAUGAGCAGUCAAACGAAUCCAUCGGGACCAUCCUAAACGUGACCACGUCCGUUAAAGACAAAGUGAACGACUACGUGAGGAUGACAGGAAGCCCGACACUCGAGAGCUUCAUACCGAAGUCCCGAACCAAAUACUUCCGCUAUGAAGGAUCACUAACGACUCCGGUAUGCUCGGAGUCGGUCGUGUGGACGGUUUUUCCCGAAUCGCUACCGGUUUCACUCGAUCAGUUGGAAGAGUUCAAAAGCAUACGCGACGCGGAAAAUGAAGAGCUGGUCCUCAACUACCGACAAGUGAAACCAUUGAACGCCCGAGCACUGGUUUGGGUUACUGAGACGGAACAAAGGGUUGAUGGUGGAGCGAGCCUUCCACGGCUGAAAUUGCUUUCGAUGACCGCAGGUCUACUGCUGUCUAUUAUGAUCUGUUAUUUUAGGACUUGAUAAGUACAAUUGGCAAAAUGCUUAAUAUAAAAUAAGACUGAUAUAGAUGUA